CUCUGUCUCAUGAAAAAAAGCUAUCGUUUCCCCGUCUCCAACCAGCCCCGCCACCCCAAACCCUAGGUCGCCGCCGCAAUCCCUCUGCAAAUCGAUCUUCCGCCGCUGUUGCGCCUAGUUCGGCGCGCGGAGAUGCCGCGGCAGCGACGCACAGAGACACUUCCCCGCGGCCGCGGGGGCAAGAAGCUGAAGGCGGCCGGAGAUUUAUUUAUUCCUACGAAGCCUCCGUCGGUGUACAUGGUGGUAGGCCAUGAUGUCACUCGCCCUGCCUACUCCGUAAUUAAGGUGAACACCUUCCCUGACGGUGGCAGCGGCGGCGACACUCCGAUACCUAUUCCAGGACAUCUCGCCCGCCUUGAGGCCAAACACUGCAUGUCUUUCGUCCCCGUGCGGUCGAGGCACGGCUCGUGGAUCGUCGGCGUCGGUGGCAAUUCACCAAUUGAUUAUGGCCCCGAGACCAUCGUCUUCGACACCAGUACACACCAGGUGAUCCCGGGACCGAAGCUUGUGUCGACUAAGCUCCGCCCGAUCCUGCUACCGGUCGGCGACAAGAUAUAUGCCUUGACACGUCAACCUGCCAUUAAGGGGGGUGUUAAUUUCGUGCCCUGGUUCGAGGUGCUCGAUCUCUCCCAAGCUCGAGUGGUCAGUGGCCGUCUCGUGGACUGCAAAUGGGAGCAACUACCCCGGCCGCCCUGCUUCCCCUGGGAACUCUCCCCAAGGCAGUACAUCUUCCCACCGGUGGUCAGGGUUAAGUCUUAUGUAGCUGUGAGCUCCUACAUUCUGGUGUCGAUGGAUGGACAGGCAGGCACACAUAUCUUCAACUUGAAGACAGAGCAAUGGUCGAAAUUGGAUGACAAUGUUCUGCCAUUCACUGGAGGCGCCGUACCACAUGGCCCCCUCUUCCUUGGCUUUUCAAGCGCUGCCAAAAAGAUCACUGCUUACAGCAUCACAGUCUGUGCCGCGGUGUCACCAAGCCCAAGCAUCACAGCAGGGUGCCCAUCCUUAUCAAUUGUUGAGUUCCCGAUAGUUGAUGAGGCAGAGGAGGAGGUCGUUAGCCGUGGCAAAUUUGUUUCCCUUGGUAACCAUGGCUUCUGUUCGUUUAUGUGUCGCAACGAUGACCUUAUGCUAGGUACUCUUGAGCAUACACAGGAACUUAUCACCAUGAGAGCAUACACAACAGAGGACCACCACCUCUCACAAGACCACCCCAAGUCUAUUUGUCACAUAGUGAUCUCCAAUCAAGUGGAACAGGUUUACAGCAUCCGCGAUUCACUCCGGGGACUUACUUGGCCAUCCCUGGUAGAUGUGAUAUCCUUAUGAGUACAACUUUAUGUUAAUGGACCCAUCUGGAGUUUGUAGAGCCAAGGAACUUGCGAUGUGGCCUUUUGCAAUUUAGGCACCGUUUAUAUAAUUAUUAUCUAGCAUGUAAUAAUACUGGUCGACUGAAUUUUCCAAAUGUGGAUGCUAAUCAUAAUUACCAGGGUCGAUGUAUUGAGGAUUUUCUUGUCGGAA